AUGGCCGAAGUAAACCGCGCUUUCGUCCUCCAGUCCAUCAAGAAUGUCUCAUUCGAAGAUCGCAAGGUACCGCGGCUGCGCGACGAGCACGAUGUGCGCAUCCACGUCGAGCAGACGGGCAUCUGCGGCAGCGACGUGCACUACUGGCAGCGCGGGCGCAUCGGCGACUUCAUCCUCGAGAGCCCCAUCGUCCUCGGACACGAGAGCGCCGGCACCGUCGUCGAGGUUGGCGCCAAGGUAAAGAACGUCGAGGUCGGCGACCGCGUCGCCAUCGAGCCCGGCGUGCCCUGCCGGAGGUGCGACUUCUGCCGCUCGGGCGCGUACAACCUUUGCGCCGACACGGUAUUUGCGGCGACCCCGCCUCACGAUGGCACGCUGCAGAAGUAUUACACUGUCGCGUCGGACUUCGUCUACCCGAUCCCCGACCACAUGUCGUAUGAGGACGGUGCCCUGGUCGAGCCCGUUGCCGUUGCCGUACAGAUCUGCAAGGUAGCCGAUCUCCGCUCUGGCCAGACGGUCCUUGUCUUUGGCUGUGGCCCGAUCGGUGUUCUGUGCCAGGCCGUUGCCAAGGCCGCGGGUGCUGCCAAGGUCAUUGGAGUUGACAUCUCGGAGUCGAGAGCGCAGUUUGCCUGCGAGUUUGCGGCAGAUGGCGUCUACGUCAACAAGACCAAGGCGCUUGAAGGCACAGAUCCUGUGGAGGCAGCCCGCGCGGUAGGUGAGAAGAUCAUCGCCGAGUUUGGGUUGGGUGAAGGCGCGGACGUCGUUCUCGAAUGCACUGGUGCGGAACAGUGUAUCCAGGCUGGUAUCUUCGCCGCUAAGAAAGGGGGCACCUACGUCCAGGCAGGUAUGGGGAAGGAGAAUGUGGUGUUCCCCAUCACGACAGCGUGCAUCAGGGCGCUGCACGUCAAGGGCUCCAUUCGUUACUCUACCGGAUGUUACCCCCAGGCUGUUCAGCUUAUUGCUAGCGGCAAGGUACAGCCGAGCAAGCUCAUUACGCACCGAUUCAAGUUUGAGCAGGCCGAAGAGGCGUUCGAGUUGGUCAAGCAAGCACAAGAAAAUACGCUCAAGGUAGUCAUUGAAGGAGUUCAAAAGCGAUAG